AACAAAAAUGCUUUCAAUAAUACUUAGACAGCCACAGCUACACUCUAAUGUGGCUACCACUGUUAGCGCCUGUGGUAUAUACCUAAACAAUAAAACUCUUCCCUAUCGGCCAAUAUCACAUCAUCUGGGUACAUUCGAAGCUAACAAUUAUAAUAUUGGGGAUUUGAUUACGAGUACUCGGACAGAACGUCAAACUCAACUGGGCAUAUCAAAACGUACUUUAUCAACGUUGAAAAAUAAGUAUACGCCGGUAAAGGUGUCAAAAGAUGAAAGGAGUAAAUUUAUGGCCAUUUACCCAGAUGUUCUGCAAGACCUGGCCCAGAUAGCUGAGAAAUCCAAAACUAAAGAAACUGUAGAUUGGUUAAGAAAGGCUGUAGAUUAUAAUAUGUCACCAACGAAUGGGAAAUGUGGGCUAAUCUCUGUUUUGACACACAAAAGCUUAGUCAAAGACGAUCAGCUGAGUGCAGAAAAACUAAGACUGUCGCACUUGCUUGGUUGGUGUGUUGAACUGCUACAUUGUGCUUUACUAAUCGCUGAUGAUAUGGUAGACAAUGGCACCGCACGUCGUGGUCAGUUGUGUUGGCAAAAACUAGAAGAAGUUGGCGUAAAUGCCAUUAGCGACGCGCUAAUGAUCGAAAACUGCAUCUACGAAUUACUCAAAAAGCAUUUCCGUCACUUGGAUUGCUAUGUAGAUCUGAUCGAAUUGUUUCGUGAAAAUACCUUUAAAUGCAUAUCUGGACAAUCAUUGGAUAUGCUGCUUAGUAAAAGGAGCGUCGACACUUUCAAUAUGGACAUUUACAACACACUUGUGAUGAAUAAAACUUCAAACCACUUCUUCUCCUUGCCCAUAAUGUUGGGUUUACAUUUAGCGGGGGGAGCAGCAAAAGAGGAAGACGUAAAAGAUAGGAAAAUCUUCGAUGCAUGCGAAGCUAUCACAAUUGAACUGGGCCAGUUCCUUCAAAUACAAAAUGAUUUUCUCGAUUGUUUUGGUAAUCCUGAUGUUACUGGCAAAAUUGGCACAGAUAUACAAGCGAAUAAGUGUUCCUGGUUGGCGGUGCAGUGUAUGGAGCGAGCAAAUCCUGAACAGAGAGCUAUCAUGGAAGAGUGCUACGGUCAAUAUGAUCCCCAGAAAAUUGCGAGAGUCAGGCAAGUCUAUAUGGAGUUAAACCUACCCAACACCUAUGCCAAAUACGAGGAAGAAACAUAUAAUAGGAUCAAAACACUUAUUCACAAAGAAUCGGAUGGUUUACCGCGUGAAGCUUUAUUAGAAAUACUGAAUACACUUUUUGAAAAAAAUAUCAAAUAAAAAUAAAAUAAUUUUAAGUGUCUUUGAGCUUUGUGUGAGAAGCGUUUGUGUAGUUAACGUUAACCAAACAUUUAGUAACGGGCCCUUAUUCCCGCUUUCGUAUUAACUUUGUAAGCACAAAUUCUUGGUACAGUAUUUAUAUGUGCGUACAUACAUAUACAUUUGUGUAUAUUUAAUGAUUUGAAGUUUAUCAGAACUAAUAAAACUUUGCUCUAAAAUUAUCUAGGUUCACCUAAAAUUUAUUUCUAAAUUAGGGCUGCCAUAAUUCUGAACCAUCGACCAGGACACUUAUUCCCUAUAAAUACAGUUUCGUUGGUACUGGCGUUAUUUUGAAGUGUUUUCUGAUAUUAUAAACAGUGUGGUUUAGUGGCACAAUCCGUAGAGCCGAAUGAUUGAUUAUGA